AGGACAUCCUCUGGACCCAGACUGCCAUCUGUUGCAUCCGAGGCAUCGACGAGUCAGGUUCCCUCUUUCCCCAGCCCCCAGUCAAGAUGAUUUGGCCGGCUCGCUCGCCUACUCUCCUGAUCUUUACCCUCGCUCUACUAUGUCCGAAUUCCGUCGGGGGCGCGCCCCUCACACUGGACGGGCACGAGGAACAGUCCCGCCAGGUCAAAGCCAAGGAGAGCGGCCAGAUCGCUCACUCCCAACAAGACCCAAACAUGUCCACAGAAGACACAAGAGCGCCCCAGGGUCAGAUGGAGACCGCGAAAACUUACCAGGUUAGGUCGGUGGCCGCUUCGCACCCGGGCGCCCCGCGGGACCCGGGUUACGACGAGGACCUCUUCAAAGAUAUGGACGCAAAGGCGUUGGCCACCAUUCUUCUACAAGCGUUGAAGGUGGAUGGGGAGAAGACGGAACCCGAGGAGUCCAAGCGUCGGAGCGGCGCUGGUCUUUUCUCGGUCUACCAGGGCUCCCCCGAGGAGGACAGGGAAGACACUGACGAGAACGUGAAGAGUAGAACUCGGGUGGCCAAGACCCAAAGGCGGGACCAUUCAGAGAGCAGGGAAUCGGACGAAAAUAACGAAGGCACCUUGGCUCCUCGUAACCUGGGGAAGCUGGAGUCAAUGCUACAGGACUUGGAGAGGUAUAGCGCGGCUACAAAAAGAGAGAGGUCCAGCACAAACCAACAAACCCCGGCGCACCAUGGAGCCAAGAGCGAGGAGUCCAAAGAGAAUGAUGUCUUGAGAGAACUGGAUGCGUUUGAAGAGCUGGUUGAGCGGAAGCAGGGGUACUCUGACUAUGAAGAGAGCGCAGAAGACGGGAAGGGGAGGACAAGGUACCGAGGUGAAGACUUAGGCGGUCAAGAGGUGGGCAGGAAGAAUUUGGAAGAAGACCAGGCCAACGAUAUGGCAUCGGAGUUGUUGUUACAGUAUCUAUUGAAAGGCGAAACGAGCCAAGAGGAGGAACCCCACCAGGAGGAAGAGGCGAAGAAGAGCGGCGCGGAGUCCGGGCAAGAAGUAGACAGCGCGUCCGAGGAGAAGAGGUCAGAUGAAGAAGAUGGUGAAGACAUUGACCCCCAGACCAUAGACAGGCUGAUUGAGAUCUCCAGCAAGCUCCAUCUGCCGGCCGAUGACGUCAUUGACAUCAUCAACGACGUUGAGAAGAAGAGGAAAGACUCAAUGGAGAGGGCUGAGAGCCGGCACGGGGGAUCCAGGAGGAAAUACCGCCCCGACUUACGGGAGGACAACCUUGUGCCCCGCUACCGAGAGGACAAACUGAGACACCGGUCCAACAACGACCUCACCCUGCAAGACCUACUGAGCGCCGAGAACGCGUUGGAUUACGGAGGGAUGUCUCUGCCCGUCCCGAGGAGGUACCGACCCGGGCAAAACACUUACCCCAAUUACAUCCGCCCUCGGACAUACCAACAACGCCAUCGUCCCUACUAUUACCAGCCAGUCUUUAGGAACGGAGACUAUUAUGACGAUGACUCCCAGGACAAGGAAGAAGAACUGGAAAAUUACAUUGAGAAGAUCUUGCUUAAACACCCGGAGGUUUUCCAGUAACACUGACGCCAGGAAAUGAAUCAGUGGUCUUUUAUUCCCCUCCCCACUCCUAUUUUUUUUCUUGUCUAAAGUACCUUUUUGUUGAGGUUUGUGCAUGUCAGGUAAUGUGACGACAUAUCCCCUGACACUCUGUGCAUGGAGAUCCAAUUCGAAACACAUGCAUCCUAUCAAAUGUCGCGUCCUCCCCAUUAAGUUUUAUUUGUGGGGGGAAAAACGGGAAGAGGUAGCCGGUUGCAGAAUCAAAAUCUGAUAUUUUUGCACUAGGUAACAUUGGGCAACUGGUGGCCUCAGGAGCUAGGGGUGACUUUAACGAAGCAACAGCCCCGUUAGAGUUUGGGGUGAUUUAUAAUUGGCCCAGAGGAAGGUUGAAAAGCGGUCGAGGUGAUUUGAGUGUUGGCAACUCUAGAUGUCCUUGGGUAGUUAAAUGGUUGGCCACAGUUUGAGGACCGACACCCAAUGUGUACCGGCCAACCCUUUCCAUCUUCCCUGUGUGUGACUGCCCCCCACCACUCCCCCUAAUGUAACACACCGUUCAGAAGUCCUGAUUCAGGGUCUGGACCCGAAACGACCACCAUCCCUCUGCCUCCACAGAUGCUGCCUGACCCAUUGAGUUCCUCCGUUUUUGCUUCACUCUGAAGUGACUUGUUUGCACCGGACUACCAUUGAAGCAUCUGAGGUCAGUUCAAAAGGAGUUGAGGGGGUAGGCGGGGUGGGGUGAGUUGGAUGUCGGGUGAGCCAAAUUCUUCUGCCAGUUCCCCUCUCCCCAAAGAUUUAUUGGAUGGAAUUUAGUUAUAGAAGUCACAAAGGGUUCAGCUAGCUCAGAACCUUGUACGGCCAACACUGCUAAACUGCUUUCAGUUUACCCAAGAAUACCAACGAAGAGCUCCGAUAAAUAUUGUAGGGAGCCCCAGUGGAGGUCUCUCAAUUUGUCCUGGUAAACCUAGGAAUGGAAUGUUAGGAUACAGAUAGGUUUUCAAUAUCGCCUGAUUCUAUUGUCAAUGGGCGAGACAUAUUCAUGCAAGGACAGGUCCGCUUGCUUGCUCGCCCCACGAUCUAGCAUCAACUUUCACACCCACGGUAAAUGUUGACUGACCCGUGCUGCAAAAUCUGGGCUACAUCCUUCCACCACCCACUGUUUCCCCUUUGUAAUUUUUUUUUACAACCAUGGGAAAGAGCAAGGGGCGAUGUGAGCCAAGCGAUUCACCAACUGUACAAGAGAGACGAAGAGGUUAACACCUUCGCCCGGUGUCUGCACAUGUUGUUGUCAAUAUGGGAAGGAGAUGGUGGAUUUGACAAGCAAAUUCUAAGGGUUCAGGUUUACAGCGCUGGGGUGGUUAGCAUGCGGAAAUAUGUGCCAACAUUGAAGCCUUGCAGGAUACACAAGAGAUCCAUUGACAUCCUCACAGAAUGGCGAACUGUGCAUGCUUUCGUUUUCUCUGCAGCGGAGGAGGCUUGAGGGGUGACCAGAUAGAGGUAUCUAAAACGAUGAGGGGGUAGAUAGGCGAGAUGGUAAAAAUUCUUUCUCUCCUGGUGGGGGGUAUCUAAGAGAAGAUGGGCAAAGGUUUCAGGAGAGAGAGGUGGGGGUCUUAGAGGGUUUUGUUCCCUACAGAGGCUGCUCGGAGGUUGCCUGAAGAGGCGGUGGAGGCAGAGACUCACACAUCAUUUAAGAAGCAUCCAGACAAGUACUUGAAGGUGUAGCAGGACUUAAUGUGGGUAAAUGGGGUUACUGUGGAUAGGCAGCGUGGACAAUGUGGGCCGAAGGGCCUGUUUCUGUGCUGUACAACUCUAUGAAUGUAUGAACCUCUGGGAUUCUCUACCUUAGAGGGUUGUGGAGGCUAGCUCGCUGGAUGUAUGUAAAGAAGAUAUAUAUAUAUAUACACACACACACGGUUGGGGAACCGGAACAGAAGAGGGGUUGGGGCCAGGGGCAGGUCAGCCAUGAUAGUGGGGUAGGUUUAAAGGGCCGAGUGCCCUGCUAUUUUCGUGUGUUCCUUUGUCGUCUAAGCGGCCAGAACCCAGAAAAGGGCGGCUAAAGGCAGAGAUGGGCUUCAAUUGUGCUCCACACCCAUUGCCUCAUGCGGCCCACUUCCCUGAUAUCGUCUUGUGUAGUGAGUAUCUGAAGCCACGACAAGUGGUAGGCAGAUCAGUAAUGCUGGGAUUACAUUUGCAGCUCGAAGGUGCUAUAAAAUACAAAAAAUGACAGAGCAAAGAAAAUUAUUUUGAUCAGUUGAAUAUGAGCCCAGCACAUACUGUGAUGAGAACAUCAAAGUCAGAAUUCCUUUUAAUUCUCAUCUUAUUUGGGGAUCUCAUUACCAUGUCCAUCUUGUGAAUUUUAUGACUGUUUCACGCAGGGCGUAGGUUGCACUUCUGAGUUCCAAUUUGCGUUGGUAAAGGGCAGAAAUGGGUGGUUGGUUACCAGUGGCAUCAUUUGAUGCGCGCCAGGAAAUAUUAGGCGCUUACCCAGACAGAGCCCAAUCCAAUUUCGCAAUGUCACCGGAAUUAAGGGUCGCUGAUCAAUCCGAUUUGGAAGCUUUUGCGUUAUACCUUCGAUGGCAAACGCCCAAUUGACUACAAGUGCAAAAUAUUACGGGUGCUGGGAAUGGAGAGAUUUUUAGGAAUACCCAGCAUCUGCGGAAAGAGAGAGAGAGGAACACGGCUAGCAUUCAGGGUCAAAGUCUUUCCACCUCUGUAAUAUCCAAGUGCGUUGUUGAGGAAGAAUUCUUACAUCAACGGGCAUGAAUCGUGCAUCGAUUCCUCAGUGGGAUGAACCCAGUAAGUUUUAUUUUUGAAAACUUGGGGACAACGUUUCGGUUCGGAGAGACCGGACCAAC